CCCCCAUGUUGCACUUCUGCCACACUCGCGACGUCCCCCAGCCCUUACAACGCGGGAGCUGCUCUGGGCGCUGCGCGCGAUCAUGAUCGUGGAUUGCCCCAGUUUCGGAAGCCGGCCUUUCUGACCAUGGCCGCUCGAACCAUCUCCCUACAGUCAUCGGCGAGCGCGGGAUCGGGACGAAGACGAGGGCGGAUGGGCACUUUUCCCUCGAAGCUGCUGCUCGAGGGCAUGCCCAACUGGGCCUCCUCGUGUGAAGCGCCCUACGGCUACAGCUCCCCAGCGAUCCCCUCCAGGGCUUCCAGCGCGCCCAGGGGAAUCCCGAUUGUAGGAUGAGAACUGGUCGGAAGUGGCACCUCGGGCUCUCGCGUGUUUAUCCGGACCAGGGCUGCCCCGCUCCGUACCAGCCGUUCACUGAACAUGCGCACUGUCGGUACAGACGAGCCGGCACCGAGCUCGAUCACGAGCAGGCGGUCCAGGGGUACGCUUCCGAGCCACCUCUUCAGAUCAGACUGCUGGCGCUCGGUUCGCUCUCCGUUCCAGUUCCAGUCGCCGAACAUCAGAAUGUUCGGCCGCGCGAGCUCACCAGUCUCCUGCCAACGGGGCAGCGCAGAGUCUGGGAUCGACAAGGUUUCGGCAUCGAUGUCUGGCAAGACCACACCGUCUGCGGGCCAUAUACUGCCACCGUCUAGUGUUUGCAGCCAGUGUAUAGAGCCAUGACACUCGCAGACGCGAUCCGAGGGAAACCCUGCCGUCUGAAACUGCCCAUCUACAUUGCUUGUAAAGACCCGAACUCCAUGAGGAAGGGCUUCGCCCCACUCUAAGAGGCGCGUGAAUCCUCUGUGAGGCACAGUGUUCCGGUAAAGAUUUAGUCUGUGCCCGUAGAAUCCCCAAGCGAAACUUGGCUCGAUUUGAAACCAACCAGGAUUCGCCAUAUCGGAGAAGCCCAAGUUCCGACCACGCAAGGGCGGGUAUGCACGCCAAAGCCCUUCCACACCUCGGAAGUCUGGCAGGCCAGAAUCAACGCCGAUUCCAGCCCCAGCUGUAACGAGCAAUGCGUCGGCAUUUUGAAGCGCUCGCGCAGCACCGCGAAUUGCACCGGAGACUGCAUGCGCUAUGGGUCCCGACAUCAGGAACAGCAGCGGCACUCUGGACCAAAGUCUUGGACAAAAAGGGCUACUGAGGACGAGGACGAGAAGCUGGCUUCAACCUCGUUCCCUCGUCGACUUUGGGCGCCCGACAUGGGUACGGACAAACAUGGGAACGAUGCCCAACAACAAAUGCUGCCCAGAACCGACAGCGGCCGCUAUUGGGC